AAAAUUAGAUUGUGAAAACACAUUUUAACUCAGCCUCAUGUUGUCCAAAAAAACAAAUCAGACUUUACUUAAUGUUAAAAACACAAAUGAAGAUAUUUGUAAUAUUUUCUCACCAUUUUUGUCCAUCUAUCAAAAGGUAUAUAGGUAAUCAAUGUGAACUAACUCAUUGAUGAAGAAUGAGGGUUUGAUUUUCUAACAGAAAAACAUUUAAAAAUGUAAUUAAAAUUAAGGCUAAGCUCAGUCUCCUAUUAAUUGACUUGAACACUUUUGUGCACAUAAAGUUAAAUACUCCCUCUUGAUUUUCAACAGCAUGUACAAUGUACAAGAGCUUCAUUGAGAAGAAGCCUGUUGGUAUGGAUGCUAAAAGCAUUGCUUCAGGGCUAGCGCCACCAUUUGCAGGUACUUUGUCGUAUGAGCUGUGUCAGAAGUAUGUUGAGAACAUUGUGCUGGUGUCCGACGAGGAGAUCAAAUCUGCAUUUUCCCAACUUUAUAAGGCUGGUCUCACUGAACCUUCAGGAACUGCAGCGUUCUCUGCUGUCACGGAUGACAAAAUACCAGAUAUCAAUGGCAAGGAUCUGGUGGUCAUCCUCAGUGGAGGAAACAUUGGCAAAGAUGAGCUUAGAAACUUUCCUGACUAAGUUAAAGGGUUAGUUUAUUUAAAUAACAUAUUUUACAUAUGAAAAUACUCUGAAUAAAGUUAUGAAAUACCUCCACAUUAAAAUAUACCUCCAACGCUUAAAAUAUUCCAAGUGUUACUCGUCGUAAUUGCAUUUU